AUGGUACACAUUGGGAUCCCCACGGACUAUACUGCUUCGCCAGCGAGCUUUAGUCACACUCCAUCGUUGACCAUCAAUCAUGAAGUUGCGCUAGAUCUUGAUUCUAGCAAUGCAUUCGAAGGGCCCGAAAAGCUUCUGGAAGUAUGGUUUAGCCCAUCGCCACAAGCCCUCCAUGACUGCUCGGAACCCACCGGCCUAAAGGCUGUGCCUGCCGAUGUGUGGAAGUCGAUGCUGGAUUUGGUCAAUUGCAAAGUGCUGUCUAUCGUCGAGUCCGACGAUGUCGAUGCUUAUCUUCUCUCCGAAUCCAGCAUGUUCGUCUUCCCACAUAAGCUCAUCUUGAAAACAUGCGGCACAACGACCUUGCUUUGUGGGCUUCCCCGGAUUUUGGAGAUCGCCACUCUCUUCGGCGGCUUUCCCCGAUCUACAGCACCCGAGUCUAACGGUAUCGCCGUUGCAGCUGCACCCUAUCGGGUCUUCUAUAGUCGGAAGAACUACUUGUUCCCGGAUCGCCAACGAGGGCCUCAUCGCAGCUGGCGUGACGAAGUCCACACCCUCGACAAACUCUUUAUCGGAGGAAGUGCCUAUAUGAUUGGCAAGAUGAACGGCGAGCACUGGUAUCUCUACUUGACCGAACCAUACACAAUGUUGACACCGCCCGCAAGUCCCCAAAGCAUGGAUAGUCCAGGACCUGGGACCGAAACGAAAAUCCUGAACUUGCCGACUUCUGGCGUGGUCGACCGUGGCUCCAAAGUGUGCGAAGGUGAUGAUGAAACUCUUGAAAUUCUCAUGACUGAUCUGGACGAGGAGAAUGCCAAGCAAUUCUACCUCGACCAUGCGAGUGCGGUCGCAGAAGAUCAGUGGAGAGGGUCGCAGGAAGGACAAGAGGAUCAUGUGGAUGUUUUCGAUAAUGGCUCUUCUGACGGGAGCGACAUCGCCAUGAAGGCCGAAUCUUAUCCAACCGAACUCACAACCGAAGGUCAUGCUCUUGGUACCAUUGUUUCGGAGGCUUGUGGCCUAUCUGAGGUCUAUCCAUCAAGCCAGUAUCCAGACUCUCGUAUCGAUGCAUAUCUCUUCACGCCUUGUGGGUUUUCAGCCAAUGGGGUCAUCCCUGCCCCUCGGGGGGGAAAGGAAACCCACUAUUUCACCGUUCACGUCACGCCCGAACCGAUCUGCUCUUACGCCUCUUUCGAGACCAACGUUCCUGCGGCACAGGACGGCCGUGAAACCGCCGACAUCAUCCAGCAUGUUGUGGAUAUCUUCAAGCCGGGCCGGUUUAGUGUCACACUCUUUGAAGCCAAGAGCAACUACGAAGAACGAGCUUAUGCAGACGACGAUGAGCUGGCUCAAAUCAGGAUGCUGGAGAGACAGGCUGCUCGUCGUAACGCCAGAAUGGACGCCAUCAAAGGGUAUCGUCGCGUUGAUCGCAUCGUCCACGAUCUUGACGGAUACGAUCUGGUUUUCCGCCACUACGAACGCCUGGAUUGGAAGGGUGGCGCACCUCGCCUUGGAGAGAGAGGCUUUUGA